UAAGGAACUGGAUCGCGAAUACCUCACAAUUGCAACACUGAUAAUUGGCUAGGAAGUUUAAGAUCAUCGAGUUUUACAUAUUAGGCUCCCGGGUUUAUACCGUCGCUGCUGCCUUGGGGACGAAAUUCCAUCGAUACUGUGGGCGUACGUAGUAGUCUGCCUUAUUGUUGCCCUUUGCUCAGUCGACCCCACCCCGCUUUUCCACAUCGUUCUCCAGGGGGGAAUAAUUGAGCACUGUCUAGGCCACCUAACCAUGAACAUCAAUUGAUUGAGCAUCACUCAUAUCCACCUUUCAGUCAGAACACACUCGGAUCUGUCGCCCAGAUUCGAGUCACAGUAUUUUGCCCUUGAAAGCUUGAUUGUUUUGUGACGUUGGUUCUUCAUUUCGCCUCGAAUUGCCAGCGACUCUUUACAACACCCGCCAUUUCUGGCCUGGAGUACCAAACCAACUCUUACUGCAAAGAGCAAAACGCAAAGAUGAACGUGAUUAAACUCCAAAAGAAAUUCCCGCAGUUUGAACAAGGGGAGAUCUUUGCUCUCCAAGAUUCAUUCCGGAAGCUGGAUCUCGAUGACAGAGGUUCUCUGGAUGAGACGACUGUUAUAAAGGCCACCCAACAAUCCGAGCGCCAGCCCUAUGAUGUUGUUCGACAGGCCUUGAAAGAGGUUGAGCUUGAUAGCUCUCGCAGAGUGGAACUCGAAGACUAUGUUGAUCUUAUCUCUAAACUUCGUUCUACUCCAGCAAGCAGCAAACCUGUUCGUGACCCAAGCUCUCCUGCAGCGGUCCCUGGGGGCGGGGCUGGCGCGUCUCGCCAUGUCUCCAAAGGCAGCAUCGGGGGAAGAAUCCAAGUACAAGGGUCUUCUGCAAACGUAACCCACACCAUCAACGAAGACGAAAGAACUGAGUUCACAAGACACAUUAAUGCUAUUCUUGCUGGCGACCCCGAUAUCGGUGACCUUCUUCCAUUUCCCACAGACACCUUCGAGAUGUUCGACAAGUGCAAGGAUGGCCUUGUUCUGGCAAAACUGAUAAAUGAUAGCGUUCCGGACACUAUCGACGAACGUGUUCUGAAUAAACCAGGGAGGAAGAUCAAGAACCUGAACGCAUUUCAUAUGACCGAGAAUAAUAACAUAGUGAUUAACUCUGCCAAAGGCAUUGGUUGCUCGGUCGUGAAUAUUGGAAGUGGCGAUAUCAUAGAAGUUCGCGAACACCUUAUCUUAGGUCUGAUAUGGCAGAUCAUCCGUCGAGGUCUGCUCGGCAAGAUUGACAUCAAACUCCAUCCUGAGCUUUAUAGGCUCUUGGAGGAUGAUGAGACGCUAGAGCAAUUUCUUCGUUUGCCUCCAGAGCAGAUUUUAUUGCGCUGGUUCAACUAUCAUUUGAAAAAUGCCAAAUGGGAUCGAAGGGUGACGAAUUUCUCCUCCGAUGUGAAAGAUGGUGAAAACUACACCGUUCUUCUCAACCAAUUAGCACCCGAUACAUGCUCGCGGGGUCCCCUUCAAACCAGAGACCUGCUUCAGCGAGCUGAGCAGGUAUUAACCAAUGCAGAUCAAUUAGGAUGUCGCAAGUUCCUCACUCCAACUUCUCUUGUUGCUGGAAACCCGAAACUCAAUCUCGCUUUUGUGGCCAAUUUGUUCAACACGAUACCAGGCCUUGACCCAAUCACGGAGGAGGACAAACUAGAGGUGGAGGAUUUCGACGCAGAGGGAGAACGUGAAGCUAGAGUUUUUACGCUUUGGUUGAACUCGCUGGAUGUCCAGCCAGCAGUCAAUUCUCUCUUUGAUGAUCUUCGCGACGGCACCAUCCUGCUACAAGCCUAUGACAAGGUGAUUCCAGGGAGCGUCAAUUGGAGACACGUUAACAAGCCUCCGGCAUCUGGUAAUGAGAUGAUACGUUUCAAGGCAGUGGAAAACACAAAUUAUGCCACCGAGCUUGGAAAACAUGUUGGAUUUUCUCUAGUUGGCGUCCAAGGUGCCGAUAUUACUGACGGUCAGCGGACCCUUACUCUUGGGUUGGUGUGGCAAUUGAUGAGAAGGGACAUCACAAAUACACUUUCGAGCUUGGCACAGCGGAUGGGCAAGCGUGAAAUUACAGAUUCAGAAAUGAUUCGGUGGGCCAAUGAUAUGUCACAGAAGGGUGGCAAAGCUUCAGCCAUACGCAGCUUUAAGGAUCCAUCCAUUGGCUCGGGCAUAUUUCUCCUUGACGUGCUCAGCGGCAUCAAGAGUAGCUACGUGGACUAUGACCUCGUCACCUCCGGCCGCACUGAUGAAGAAGCUUAUGCGAAUGCGAAAUUGAGUAUCAGCAUCGCAAGAAAGCUCGGUGCAACAAUUUGGCUUGUUCCUGAGGAUAUCUGCCAAGUCCGCUCUCGGCUUAUCACGACCUUCAUUGGUUCUCUCAUGGCUGCGUACGAAAAGAUGCAAUAGAUUACGUUUUCCUGGCUAUGCCAACAACGGUCAGAUGCAGGGAACAAGCGUUUUUCCUUACCCCCGCUACCUUCAGUCUCGUUUUUCUUUUGUGAUUUUUAGUAGUGCAGCUCAACCAAUAAAACAAUAUAGCAGCGUUGGUCCAUUAUGUUCAAUUCUACAUGGAU